AUGGCGCUACCGCCGCCAACCAUUGACCUGUUGCUCAACCUCAUCGACACCCGCCCGCAGUCCAUCCUCACGUCGCUGGCGCAGCAUCCACAGCUGGCCUCGGCGCGUGAUGCUCAUGGCUACUCUCUGGUCCAUGCUGCCGCCUCCUACAACCAACUCGCCGUGCUGCGCGACCUGAUUCAAAAAUUCAAUGCCGACGUCAACAUUCUAGACGAGGACGGCGAGACGCCCCUCUUCGCAGCCGAAAAAAUCGAAGUCGCAAAAUGCCUGGUCGAGGAGCUGGGUGCAGACACUAGCAUACGCAAUGGCGAUGGUCAAACGGCCGAAGACAAGAUUGGCGAGGAAGAAGGCGAGGCACACGAAGUAUACCAGUACCUGAGGAGUCGGAGAACUGGUUCUGAGCCAAUACCAGCGGGUCUUGUAGAAACUGAGAGUGUACACCCCCCGCCACCAUUACCCGGUGGUGUCAAGGUCAAUAUGGGCACUAUGGAAGAAGAUGCCGCUGAGGCACCAGAUCCGGAGAUACGGCGGCGGAUUGAAGAGUUGGCGGCGAGAGACGACUACAACUCUGAGGAGGUGCAGAGUCAACUGAGGGAGCUGGUGCAAGACGUUGUCAGUGGCAUUGGAGGUGAGGAUGGAGGAAGAAGCGUAAAGAGAAGGGUCGACUGA